UGUCCCUGUGUCCCCUCCACCCCCUCCGUGUCCCCGUGUCCCCUCCGUGUCCCCGUGUCCCCUGGCCAUGCCGGAGGCCGUGCACUACAUCCACCUGCAGAACUUCAGCCGCUCCCUGCUGGAGACGCUCAACGGGCAGCGCGUGGCCGGCCAGUUCUGCGACGUCACCGUGCGCAUCCGCGAGGCGUCCCUGCGCGCCCACCGCUGCGUGCUGGCCGCCGGCAGCCCCUUCUUCCACGACAAGCUGCUGCUGGGCCACUCGGCCAUCGAGGUGCCGCCCGUGGUGCCCUCGGCCGCCGUGCGCCAGCUCGUCGAGUUCCUGUACAGCGGCAGCCUGGUGGUGGCCCAGUCCGAGGCGCUGCACAUCCUCACGGCCGCCUCGGUGCUGCAGAUCAAGACGGUCAUCGACGAGUGCACGCAGAUCAUCUCGCAGGGCCGCGGCCCCGCCGCGCUGCCGCCGCCCCACAAGGCGCUGGUGCCGCCGCCGGAGCUGGAGGGGCUGGCGGAGCCGGCGCCGAGCGGCCACAGCCGCAAGCAGCGGCAGCCGCUGCGCCUGGCGCCGGCGCUCAAGGAGGAGCGCGAGGACUUGGAGGAGGAGGAGGAGGAGGAGGGAGAGGAUGAAGGGGGGCCGCCAGAAGGGGUUGUCCCCCCGGGUGUGGCUCCCCCGCCCUUCCCCGGUCCGGACCCCCCGUUUUUCGGCGCCCCCGAGGUUUUCCCCGACGCUUUCCUGCCGCCCUGGCCCGGUGACGAUGGCGGCGGCGGCGCCUUCGGGCCCGAGCGCGGCCGGGAGGCGCCGGGCGGGGAUGGCUUCGGGUUUGGGGCGCCCCCACCUUUGCCACCACCCUACGAGGGGGGUGUGGAGGGGGGUGCUGUCCCCACAGCCCCCCCUGCGCCCCUGGCCGGGCCCCCCCGCGGCCCCCAGCCCCCCUAUCAGUGUGGGCACUGCCAGAAGAGCUUCAGCUCCCGCAAGAACUACACCAAGCACAUGUUCAUCCACUCAGGCGAGAAGCCCCACCAGUGCUCCAUCUGCUGGCGCUCCUUCUCCCUGCGGGACUACCUGCUCAAGCACAUGGUGACCCACACGGGCGUCCGCGCCUUCCAGUGCGGCGUCUGCUGCAAGCGCUUCACGCAGAAGAGCUCCCUCAACGUCCACAUGCGCACGCACCGCCCCGAGCGCUUCCAGUGCCGCCUCUGCACCAAGGGCUUCUCCCACCGCACGCUGCUGGAGCGCCACGCGGCCGCCUCCCACCCCGUGCCCCCGCUGGGACCGCCGACGGGGCCGCCACCGGGGCUGGCAACGGGGCCACCACCGGGGCCACUGGGACCGCCGACGGGGCCGCCACCGGGGCUGCCAACAGGGCCACCACCGGGGCCACUGGGACCGCCGACGGGGCCGCCACCAGGGCUGUCAACAGGGCCACCAGCGGGGCCACCACCAGGAUUGCCACCAGGGCCACCAUCGGGGUUGCCACCUGGGCCACCACCAGGAUUGCCACCAGGGCCACCACCAGGAUUGCCACCAGGGCCACCACCGGGGUUGCCACCAGGGCCACCGCCGGGAUUGCCGCCGGGGCCGCCGCUGGAAGCCGGACUGGGCACGUGGCCGGGGCCGGACGCCGCGGGUGCUGGCCCCGCUCACACGGCGUGA